UCAGGUGCUGAAGCGAUACAAUCAAGGCAAUUAAUAUGAGAGUUUAUUUCAGGUGUAUUCUGUUUUUAGUGCUGACCCUAUCGCCCACUUUAGUACGGUGUCAAGGUCACGUCUUGGAUAAACCCGUAACGGAGUUGUGUCUGAACUGUAUUUGUGAGGCCAUUAGUGGCUGCAAUGCCACGGCUGUUUGCACAAAUCCCGAAAAGGGCGCCUGCGGCAUUUUCCGCAUAACAAAUGCCUAUUGGGUGGAUGCCGGCAAACUGACAAUAAAUGGGGAAAAUCCCGAUGCCGAGAAGGCCUUCGUCAACUGCGCCAACGAUCCUCAUUGUGCUGCUGAUUUGGUGCAAAAUUAUAUGAAGAAGUUCAAUCAGGAUUGCAAUGAUGACGGAGAGAUGGACUGCUACGAUUACGCCAGGAUACACAAGCUGGGCGCAUAUGGCUGCCAUGGGGACUUGCCUUACAAGUAUCAGAGCAUUUUCGAGGAGUGUAUUGAAAGAUACGAAGAGGCGGGUAACGAGUGAAAAAAUAAGAUUAAAAACAUAAUAUGUUAUUUAGUUUAUAAAUAAAAGUCGGGAAUAACCCCAGGA